CAUACAUGGAAACGACAUUGGAUUUUCAAAAUCUUUGUUGGAAGUUUCCUGUAGAUGGGUAAACUUAACCAAUCCAACUGGGCACUCUGACAAGGUUGACUUCAUGCCUAUUGAAGUUCCCACAAACACUAUGUGUUUUCUCAUCUUUCUUCCUCUAACUAAUGGAUUGGUUGGAAUGACUGCACAAAACACGCCAACUGUUAGGGGAUUUCUCAGAAAUGUCUUCAAACAAAUGGUUAAAUUUGGCUUCUCUUACAUUUGUCUUAUCACAGGUAUUGUUAUUGCAAUUACGUCCCCUCAUAAUGUGGAGAAAUUGUCAUCCUUUGAAGACAUGAUAAAGAUGCUCGAAACAGUGCUAACAUUGAUGUGUGGGGUUUACAUAUACUAUUUGGUUAUGAAUUGUACUUGGGGCGCCGUGAGCAUACCAAAGACAUUAGCCUUGACAGCAGCAGUCACGGUUAUCUACCCAUGUAUGCACUAUGUAAUCUACGAAUACUGGACAAAAGAAAAGCAUAUUCACGAUCACGAAUUUGUGAUUCUUGGCCAUGCCUCAACACCCUCGAGUAUUUACAUUCAAAUCUAUAUUCUGAAACAUAUCAGAUGUCCAACAAACUACAUUGCUGCUUUUCUACUGACUAAUGUGUUUGGGGGGAUUUUUAUGUAUGCUUUUGUCAUUGUCAAGGAAUUGUUUCAAACUUACGGUCAUAAAGACAACAUCUCUCCUGUUGAUUUUUAUUUGGCGAAAGAUCAAUGGGAGUUUGAGCUAACAAGUGCAUUAUUUCUGGCAGUAUUUGCUAUGUUGAUUUAUGCAAGACUGCACCAAACAUCAGUGCUCCGAAAAAUCAUUUUCAUCACACUAUUGGUGGAAUUAAUUGCUAAUGUAGUGUCUCUAGCUGGAUAUUUGGCAGAUACAGACAAAUCACCUAUUCUUCCUAUGAUUCUAUCUGCAAUCAUCAUGGUGGAUCAUUUAGGUGUGACAGCAUUGACUGUUUUGCUUUUUGUAUACAAGUACCACCCAUUUGUUAGAAGAAAAUGGAAAGCAUUGGUCACAUUUAUUUUUAUGGCAGCAAUAUUUAUUCCAAUGAUACUCUAUACUGGGACUUAUCUCUACUUUGAGAAAUCAAUCAAUGAUCAUUCUCUCUCCUUCAACAACAAAAGCAUAUACUUCUAUUUGGAUCUAAGAUAUAAGAACGAUACGAGUGAUUUAAACAUAAGCCAUCCCAUUGGGGUAAUAUCAUACACAGCUAUAAAUGCUAUCGCUAUAUGUAUCUACGUAGCUGCAUGCUGUGCUGCACAUUACAGUAGAGAAAGAAGUACUGACAAUGAGGACCUUGUUGAAACUAUUGAGGAUUCUGAGGACAAAGAGAAAUACACAGCCUGUAAAGUAUUAUUUAGCUACCAAUUUUGUGUCAUUGUUAUGGGGAUCGCCUUUGGCAUCAGAAACAUCAAAUACACAAAAAGCUGGCAGGAGAGCAAUUCAAAAUGGAUAGAUUAUUCUAUGGAAUUUAUUGAACUUUCAAGUUUGAUUCUUGCAGAUCUUGCUGGAACUGCUAUGACUCUGAUAUUUUGUAUAAGCCCAGGAAAUAUGGAGAAUGAAAUUAAGCGCUUCCUACACAUUCCAAUGAAGAUCAGAGCAUAUCUAACAAGUUGGGUGUACGGAUAUGGACAGCUCACUGGAUUUAACUAA